CAGGAAGGCGGUCUGUUUACUCAAAGAGAUCAUGCUUUACUCUGCAGCACUGAGCUUUGUGUUGAUACUCACAGCCGUGGAAGCUGCAACAAACAAGAGAGUGAACUAUGACUACUACAAAUACCACUCCAUGCCAGAGAUCUCCAAAUGGAUGACUCAGAUAGCACAAGAUUACCCUGAUGUUGUGACCAUCAUAGAUUUUGGACAAACCUACGAAAAUAGGACAAUGAGCUUGCUUAAGAUUGGUCUGAACACUGGAGAGAAAAAAAAAGCAAUCUGGAUGGACUGUGGUAUACACGCCAGGGAAUGGAUCGCCCCGGCCUUCUGUCAGUACUUUGUCAGACAGAUUCUGCAGACAUACAAAACAGACCCAAAAAUGGAAGAGAUGAUGAAGAAGAUGGACUUCUAUGUCACACCGGUGCUCAACGUGGACGGCUACAUCUACUCCUGGAAGGACAACACAACUCGACUGUGGAGGAAGAACAGAUCUCCAGGACCCUCAGACUGCAACUGUAAUGGCACCGAUCUCAACCGCAACUUUGACGCCAACUGGGGCACGCUCGGGGUGUCGAGUAACUGCUGCUCAAACAUCUACUGUGGGAGCGAACGCGUGUCUGAGCCCGAGGCCCAGGCUGUGGCUGAAUUUGUCGGCAGCCGGAAGGACGACUUCCUGUGUUUCCUCACCAUCCACUCCUACGGCCAGCUGCUCUUGAUUCCCUAUGGAAACCCUAACUUCAUCGCCCCCAACCAUGACGAGCUGAUGAAGGUGGGUCUGGCUGCAGCAGACGCUAUAAGGGCGGUCCACGGGAAGAACUAUAGAGUGGGGACCUCACCGACUGUAUUGUACCCUAACUCUGGUUCAUCCAGAGACUGGGCUCGGCAGCAGGGGAUCCCCUUCGCCUAUACCUUCGAGCUCAGAGACAACGGGACAUUCGGCUUCCAGCUCCCAGAGGAUCAGAUCCAGCCGACCUGCGAGGAAGCCUACAGUGGAGCCCUGCACAUCGUCACCUACGUCCACGACAAGACUUUUAACCGCUGCUGCAGCCCUGUGGACUGACCUCUUAGCAGUGGGCGUCACCAGUGCAACCAUGUGAAAUUGGACAACUCAUCCUGCACAUAAGUUCGCCUACAAAUGUUUUUUGUCUUUGUAAAUUAUGAAAAAGUAUCUGAUAAACUAUUCCUGAUGCAUCCUCCUCCAUCUGAGUUUCUUGACAUACAAACAUUACCUGUCACUUAAAAACAACAAAGCCAUAAGAAUAAAAUAUUUUUAUGUAUUAUA